CCACAGGUGAGUCUUUCCACCCCUCCCUCUUCCUCUAUCGCUCUCCCUCUCUCUCUGGAUUAAACACCGAGUCAUGUGAGUUAUUCACCUUUCUCCGGUUGAGCCGCACUCCGAAAUAAAAGGAGGUUUGUUACCAAUGUGGUCAUAUAAUAUCACCGAUCUCCAGUAACUCCAGAAUAGUCUUGCAAUACAAGCUCAACGUCAGGAUAUUAAGGCUAUUUUAGAGUUCAAUUUUGGAAAUGUCACCUUGGACUUGGAUGUUUUGUGCAUUUGGAAUCUUCAAUUUAUGUUUGAAGCGUGGGAUUGAAGGAUAUGAUAAAUUUAACAGCACCACAAAGCUGCUCCACUUAGCCGUAGAUAACACCACUGGACGCGUGUACGUCGGGGCAGUGAAUUUCCUCUAUCAACUGACGGCAAAACUCCAUCUGGAAGAGAGUUUGAAAACUGGUCCAAAAGAUGAUGAUCCAAAUUGUGUACCACCAAUUGAAAAAACUUGCCAUACUGCAGUACAGACUGAUAAUUACAAUAAACUUCUCUUAAUAGAUAAGACUAACAAUAGCCUUGUGAUAUGUGGAAGUAUAUACAGAGGAAUUUGCUCACUGUGGCAUUUGAAUAACAUCAGUAAAGUCAUUUAUGAAAAUGUGAACGGUGGAGAAGCUACAUUUGUUGCAAGUAAUGACUCAACUGUGGGACUCAUAGCCUUUAUGAAUGAAGCUAAUAAAAAAUUCAAGGUGAUUUUUAUUGGAAAGACUCGGGCAACAUAUUCAAGUGCAAUAAUUAGCACCAGAACGCUUUCUCCUACGGGAUCAUAUGUUUUUUUUGAACUUGUUCAAGAUACUUCAACUGUGAAACUGGACUCGCAUUUUCAGUAUCGACAUGACUUCAGAUUUUCAUUUAAAGAUGAUAAGUUUGUUUAUUUCAUAUUUUCUCGAACAGAUCAAAUACAGCAUGAACCUAAAACUUACAUAUCACGUAUUUGCGUUCAUGAUGUCUCGUACUAUUCAUACAUUGAAAUGGUCCUGGAGUGUGGUGAAUUUAAUCUUGUGCAAUCUGCUUACAUCACAAGUCCUGGAGCAAAGCUCACUGAGCACAUGAAUGAAACAGGAGACUAUGGGGCCUUGGCUGCACAGGAUAAAGUCCUCUUUGCUGUGUUUAAUAGAGGUAACAAAAAAACAGCCUCCCCUAAUAGUUCUGCAUUCUGCAUGUUUUCCUUGAGACAGAUAAAUGAAAGAAUUGAAGAAUUUAGAGAAAUCUGCUACAGUUGCAAAGGAGAACAAGGUGGAAGAUCCAUAAUUUAUAACCCCUACAAAGCCGAUAAUAUAAACAGUUGUUCUACGGUGCUGCCCGAGGGUCAAGCAAAGGCAUAUCCUUGCAGUGGUGAACAUCUUCCAUAUCCCAUCGCAAGCAGCAAGGGUAUUUUCGCUAAACCACAGCAAGAGCAUCAUACCAAUUUAUCAGCAAUAGCUGUGACUGUGGAGAAUGACAAUACAAUUGUCUUUUUGGGCAACACAAAAGGAGAAAUUCAUAAGGUAUUUCUGGACAAAACAGCAGAAGAAUAUCAAAUUAUUUGUAUGAAUUCAAGCAGCCAGGUGAAUAGUGACCUUGUUUUCGAUGCAAAAAGAGAUCACCUGUAUGUCAUGACAGAUAAGCAGAUCACUCGCCUUCCUGUACAGGAAUGCAUCAACUACAAAACUUGUGAUUCAUGCAUUGCAUCCAAAGAUCCUUAUUGCGGUUGGUGUGCAGCUGAGGGAAUUUGCUCAAGGAAGUCAGACUGUCCCAAAGCUGGUGAGAAAGACCAUUGGCUGUGGAGUCUGAACAAAAGAUGUGUGACAGUAAUUAGUGCUGUUCCUCAGAACAUGAGUCGAGAAAAAGAAGGCCAGAUACAACUGAACAUUGACCCUUUCCCUGCUUUAGCAAGCGGUGACAGUAUUGAGUGUUUUUUCAAUGAUAUUAGAAGCGUUGAAACAAGCUUCACAGCAGAUUCUGUUACUUGUCAGUCUCCACGUGUGAGUGAAAUCGUUGCUACACCUCCAGGUCAAGAUUAUGCUGAUGUUGAAGUACAUCUGAUAUAUGUCAGUGGAGGGAAAAAUGUAUCUUUCACAAGAACACAUUAUUCAUUUUAUGACUGUGGUGCUGCCAUGAAAUUGUUUCCAAAUAUUCCGUGCGACUCCUGUGUGGGGAGCAACUGGACCUGUCAUUGGGAUAUUUCUGAGCACAUGUGCAAAGAUGGUAAUGGGAAAGCAGACCAAUCAAAUAUUGUUCAAAGUAAAAUGGCUCAAAAGUGUCCACAAUUUGGAAAUCCUUCACCACUGUUCAUUCCAGUAGACAUAAAGAAAAGUAUUAAAUUUGAAGGGAAAAAUUUAGAUUUCUAUCGGGGGAAGAAGAUGGAACUGGUAAUUACUAAUCAUUUCAAAGACAACAAGUUUGAUGUGAAGGAAACCUCAUCAGAUAUGUUUUCCAGUGAGAUUAUGCUUACCUAUGACAAAAAUGAAACCCUUACCCUUUGUUUCUCUGUGCAAGUAGAAGGAAAGGCUAUUGACAGUAGAUUGGAUGUGACUCUAUACAAUUGUGAAUACAGCAACACUGACUGUAGUCUGUGCCUCAGUGCAGAACAAAAAUACAUGUGUGUUUGGUGUAAGAGUAGAAAAAAAUGUGUUUAUGAAGAGUUUUGUGAAGUUCCUGUUAAAAAUACAGAUGACUGUCCAGCCCCAACUAUUUCAGAUUUGGACCCAGUUAAUGGACCACUCCAAGGAGGAAUUCUUCUGACCAUUAAGGGCUCAAAUCUUGGAAAAAAUUCUGAUGAUAUCAAAGAGAUCAAAGUUGGAAAUGCUGUUUGCAGUCAAAUUGAGGAACAAUAUUCCACUUCUGUCAGGGUUGUUUGUAAAUUGGGUGAAGUUCCUGAGCCACAAGUUAAUUUGGUUCACAUUGUGACAAAAAAUAACAAAACUGGUAUGUCUGCUGUGAAGUUCACAUACACUGACCCUGAGCCUACUGGUAUUAUUCCAUUACGAGGGAUAUGUGCUGGUGGAACUAGUCUAACAAUCAUGGGAAAGAACUUAAACACUGGCAAGCAAGAGGAUAUAAAAGUGAUGUUGGGUACCGUUCCGUGCACUCUUGGAGGCCGAAACAUCACAGUGAUUGGAAAAGGAUUUGAUGCUGUACAAAAACGUGUCAUGAGAGUGGAAGUUAGGAAAGAUGGAAGGAUUGAUGGAUUACUUGAACAUAAGAAUGAAACAGAAGCAUUAAAGAAUUCCAAUAAUACAAUGCUCAUCUUCCCCUCACCUCCUGCAAAUCAGGAGCAAUUUUUUAUCUUCAUCAUAUUAGACAAUUUUAAAGAAAAGAUAUCCCUUAGUUAUGUAAUGGAUCCACACUUUGAAAGUUUUCCACUUGGUGUUCUUGUUCUCAAACAACCACCAAUUUUUGUAAAGGGAAAUGGUCUAAAUUAUGCAAUGACAGCAGAAGAAGUGAAAGCAUAUAUUGGAACAGAAGAAUGUAAAGUUACAACACUUUCUGUGAAAGAUUUUGUAUGUACCCCCCCAGAGAAACAACCACCACCCAAAAGGGUAAAGAGGGACACAAAUGAUGACCUUCCAGAAUUUGUGGUUAAAAUGGGAUACCGUGACUACAUGCUGGGAAAAGUAAAAUAUGACACUCCUGCAGAGCUGCCUCUAGGUUUAAUUUUGCCACUUAUACUGAUUCCAAUGGUGUUGAUUAUCGGUAUCUCUGUUUACUGCUACAGGCGUAAGAGCCAACAAGCAGAACGGGAGUACAAGAAGAUUCAACUGCAACUGGAGAGCCUUGAGGAAAGUGUGAGAGAUCGAUGCAAGAAAGAAUUCACUGAUCUUGUGACUGAAAUGGAAGAUCACUCAAAUGACGUAAACGAUGUUGGCAUUCCCUUUCUGGAUUAUAAGACCUACACAGAUCGUGUCUUCUUCUUGCCAUCAAAGGAUGGAGAAAAUGAUGUGAUGAUAACUGGUAAACUGGACAUUCCAGAGGCAAGGCGACAGACAGUGGAUGUGGCUCUCAAUCAGUUUUCAAAUUUGCUUAAUAGCAAAUCUUUCUUGAUUCACUUUGUUCACACUCUUGAGAGUCAGAAAGACUUCUCUGCAAGAGAGAAAGUUUAUUUUGCGUCUUUGCUAACUAUUGCUUUGCAUGGAAAGCUUGAAUACUACACUGACAUCAUGAGGACACUGCUCCUGGAGCUCAUGGAACAAUAUGUUGCUAAAAACCCAAAGCUUAUGCUCCGAAGAAGUGAAACUGUUGUCGAGCGAAUGCUUUCCAACUGGAUGUCUAUCUGCCUGUACCAGUUUCUGAAGGAUUCUGCUGGCGAGCCACUGUACAGGCUAUUCAAGGGACUGAAGCACCAAGUAGAAAAGGGACCAGUUGAUGCAGAACUGAAAAAGGCCAAAUACACAUUAAAUGACACAGGACUCUUGGGAGAGGAUGUGGAAUAUCAUGUACUGACUUUGAAUGUAAUUGUACAAGGAGAUGGUGGAGAAGCUAUGCCAGUAAAGGUCUUAAGCUGUGACAGCAUCACUCAAGUCAAAGAAAAAAUCCUUGACCAAGUGUAUAGAAACAUACCAUUUUCACAAAGGCCUGCACUAGAGAGUGUUGUCCUUGAAUGGCGUCCAGGCUCCACUGGUCAAAUCCUUUCAGAUCUUGAUGUCACUUCAGAACGAGAAGGGAAAUGGAGACGUAUAAACACUUUAAAACACUAUAACGUGCGAGAUUUCUCUACUCUCAUUUUAGUAAGGUCUUCGCAUGCUCAACAACCUGAUGAUCAUCAGCAGAUUAUCCACGGUGAAAAAAGUGGACUAUUAGAUGAAGAUAGAAGGUGGCAUUUAGUGCGACAAGUAGAUGAAGUAGAUGAAAGUAAAUCAAAGCGAGGCAGCAUGAAAGAGAAAGAGAGGACCAAAGCGAUCACAGAGAUAUAUUUGACAAGGCUGCUAUCUGUAAAGGGGACUCUGCAAAACUUUGUAGAUAAUUUCUUCCAAAGUGUUCUCAGUACAAAUCAAAUUGUUCCGACGGCUGUGAAAUAUUAUUUUGAUUUCCUUGAUGAGCAAGCAUACAAGAAUGAAAUAACGGAUGACGAAACCAUUCACAUCUGGAAAACUAACAGUUUGCCAUUGAGGUUCUGGGUAAACAUACUGAAAAAUCCACACUUCAUAUUUGAUGUGAAAGUUAAUGAAGUAGUGGAUGCAUCAUUAUCGGUGAUUGCACAGACCUUCAUGGAUGCGUGUACAAAGACUGAAUACAAGUUGAGCAGAGACUCUCCAAGCAACAAGUUACUUUAUGCGAGAGAAAUUUACACAUACAAGAAAAUGGUGGAAGACUAUUACAAAGGUAUUCGUCAGAUGGUGCAAGUGAGUGAUCAGGAUAUGAAUACGCACUUGGCUGAGGUUUCAAGGGCUCAUACAGACAAACUGAACACUGUGGUAGCACUGCAUCAGUUAUACCAAUACACAAACAAAUACUAUGAUGAGAUAAUAAAUGCCUUAGAACAAGAUCCAGCAGCACAAAAGAUGCAGCUCUCUGUCCGACUGCAGCAAAUAGCAGCUGCACUUGAGAAUAAAACAACGGACCUUUGACCAUUUCAUGGCUGUUAUGCAUAAUGGAAGCUCAGAUGUUAAAUUUUAUUACCUAGAGAAGAAAAUAGUGUUAUUUUUACUCUGCUGAUCACCUUUGCAGUUCUUAAUUAAUUCAAAGCUUGAAGUCCAUUAUUUUGUAAAUUAACUAAUAUUCUAUAUUGUAUUAUAAACUUGGUCUAUAAAAAACCUGUGGAGAAUUGUCGUAAAAAUGUAAACAACUUAGUUGCUGAAAUAAGAAUGUAUUGUACUGAACUACAUUUUAUUUCAAAGAAUAUAAAUUAUCUGAGCCCUAAAACUGCUUUUAUGAUUUGGCCCACAUUUUGCUAAAUUCUGUUAUUUUAGUGGGUUGAGCUUUGUACAGUACAGUGUUUUCUUCUAAUCAUCUAAUGCUUCACUGUUAAUAGCAGUUUUUAAAAAAAACUCAUUAGACCAUUAUUAAAAGUACUGCCAUUUAUACGUGUAUUCUGAUACAUUUUCUAGUUGAUUGUUACAACAGAAAUGGCAUGAUUUUUAUACUUAUCAUUUUAUCUUGUUCGCUUUGACAUUGAGACUGAAAUAGAAACUGUGGAAUGCUAAUGAAAAAUCAUUUCUUAAUUGUAUGUAAAGCAGACCAAGUAGAGAAUGCCUGUAAAUUUAUGUUAAAAUGACAUUUUAGAAGUUUUUUUUUUACAAAUAGAGCUAGUGACUACUGAAAUGUCUUUGAUAUUUUUGAUAUAAUUUGGGAGAUGGUGUGGCAAAUAAAUUCAGCGUUUUAUUUA